AUGCCUACUGUUAUCCUCGACAUAGAAGGCACUGUGUGCCCGAUAAGCUUUGUUAAGGAGACCUUGUUCCCUUAUUUCACUAAUAAGGUUUCUGACUACUUGGAUACGGUGUCUUUCCCUAUAGACUCAUCUGCAAGUGAGCUUGCUAAGACGCUUCUGGGCUUCCCUUCUGAGUAUACACAGAGCAAGGACGACUUAUUGAACCAUAUCAAACAAUUGGUGUCCAAUGACGUUAAGGAUGUUAAUUUGAAGGCUUUCCAGGGUACUGUCUGGAAAGAAGGCUACGAAAAGGGUGAAAUUAAGGCCCCCGUGUACCCAGAUGCUAUUGAGCUUAUUACUUCCCAGGAUAACAAAGUCUACAUCUACUCUUCGGGUUCUGUUCCAGCACAGAUCUUGUUAUUCAAGCAUGUGGAUGUCAAUGGUGAGCUGAAGGACUUGACGUCGCAUAUCAGUGGUUAUUUUGAUAUCAGCACUGCUGGAUACAAGCAAGAGAAGGCCUCGUAUGAAAAGAUCGUGAAAGAGAUUGGCGAAGAGGCCAGCAAGUUGACCUUCUACUCAGACGUCACCAAAGAGAUAGACGCUGCCAUUGAGGCUGGUCUUGAGGCCGUAGUGGUGGCACGCCCAGGCAACGCUCCUCUUACCGAGGAGGACGUUCAGAAAUACAUCAUCAUCCAGAGUUUCAAGUAG